AUGCAGCGAGCUCACGUUAGUGGCGUGGGCGCCCCGCAGCCGCCCCAGUCUGCCCCGCAGCAUUACCGCUCCCAAACGCAGCACUACGGGGACAUUGACGAUCAGAUACCAGCGUCAGUGAUCAGUAGUGUGGGAACAGUUAGUCUAUCGCAGUCCACCACCAAUCCGACCCCGAAUAACACAAUGGCAAAUCCUACCACGCCCAGCAGUACAAAUGGAAACCACACCCCGGCGCAGCAAACGCCCACGCAAGCGCCGAUCCGGAACUUGCCAAAGAAACGGAAACUGGCUCCUUCCGAGCUAGAGGAGAUCGAGAGGAACUGCAUGAACAGUCUGCCCGAACGGAAUUUGAAUGUUCCGGUGACAGCACCGCCUGUUGACUACACGCCUGCCUACCAGCCCAUACUGCAACCGUCGCCGAUAGUCCACCGCUCCUCGCCCCACGAGCACAAGUUAGCUGAGUACGUGCAUUACCCGAACAUAGACUUAUCUGAGUGGCGAGAUCACAGGGUCCUAGCGAAAAGACGCGGGAUCUACACACCAGGUGUGAUCCGGCAGGCGGAUGGUUGCAAAGUGAUAGUGGAGCUGGACGGCCAGGAGAACGAGCCAGUGGAGUAUGGCGAUGUGUUCGGGGUGAAUAAGUACGAUGUGAUCAGCGACGCGAGCCCACAGCUUAGCCAUAUCUCCAUCGGCUCCUCGUGCGUGGUGAGGACCGAUUCGAGCAGGGACAGUGUCCAGAAUAUUUUCGUCGAGGGCUUCGUCUUCGAAAUUCACAAUUCGCCCAUCAGGAUUCGUGUUAGGGUCCUGGAUGGAGAAAGCAUAAAGGAAACGGUGGAAGUGAAGCGGGCUGAUAUCCGCCUCCUUCAGCCGCCCUGGGCUGAUGAGCUCGAAGAUGCCGGCUCCCACGCCACUAUGAUGCCGCAGCACUUACGAAUACACCCUGUAUCCACUUGCGUGCCGUACUCCAUGGGUGGUGGUGACUUCGUGACGUCAUCUCCCCUAGCCGGAGCCGGCCAGGUUGUGACAGUGGGCGCACUGUCGAAUGGUUCCAGGCCGUUCGACGACUAUGGGGAAAGCGACGACGACUUGCCCAGGGAGGACAUCAUGUUCCCAACGGAUGCGUCACAUAUGGACUGCAGUAACAGCAAGCGCAGCAGUCUCCAAAGUCGAGGCAGCACCUCGAGUCUCAUUGAAGGGAGUCUAACUCCGCGAUCUCAACCACCUACACCUAGAUCUCAAGCAGCAACCCCCCACAAAUACAAGAAAGGUGAUGUGGUAUCAACUCCGACCGGCAUUCGUAAAAAGUUCAACGGUAAGCAGUGGAGGCGGCUAUGUUCGAAGGACGGCUGCACUAAGGAGAGUCAGCGGCGCGGCUUUUGUUCCCGACACCUAUCACUACGUGGUGUGACUAGAUCUUCAAAUACACCGCUCGCACAGGGCUCCACUCACACACCACAACAGAGAAGCAGUAGUAAGUCUCUAUCAUCCAGCGGAACGGGCGUUGAAGGAGAUGAAACGUCUAGAGAAUCGGACACCACCCCUCCUAACUACCGCGUCACGGGGCGCUUUGACCCAGACGAAACGGAGGCUGCUAAUAUGCUUGUAUCACUCGGCAGCUCGCGGUCUGGGAGCCCUGGGGCUUCGCCCGUGGGAGACAAUGUCUUUGUACCAAUCUCGUCGCCACAGCCGCCCGCUGCUCCACCGCACCAUUUAAUAAGACCGGAACUGGUGCGCCCGGGCAGAGUAAGCUCUCCGACUGGAGUAGCUACAAGUGUCAUUCGAGUUUCGCCGGCUCCAACUUACCACUACCAAUAUCAGGUGGAGCGCAACGGUCCAACCCUUCAAUCUACGCCUUCGAAUAUCAUAAGUAUUCAGUCCUCUGGUAUAAACAUCCCCAGCAGCAUACAGUCAAACUUCACACCGCCGAUGAAUUCAACGCCGAACCACUCCAGCAUCUCCAUUAUCAACAGCAUGAACAGCCAGGGCCUGACCAGCAUCGCCAAUUCUCUGCGAAAAACCGACGACGUGCCGCAUAACCUGGUGCUGCACAGGAGCGUCCCUUCCGCUAACGGGUUAGACAUGGACAACAUAUACCGCAAUCAACCGGUGCACUUGAGGAACGGUCUUCACGAUAUGCAGUACAGGCGUGAAGAGGCGACGUCGCCGGCGGGUAACCAUGAAAAUUUUCAGAAUAGAAGAGUCUCGGAGUACGACGACGAUGACCACUCUGUCCCGCAGACGGAGGGGCAUCGCGCGCGCGCGGAACGUCCCAUAGAGCUCUCCGAGGCUCGUUUAAUCGAGGACAAGCGGAUUGUGAAGCCGGCGCCGAUCCAGGCCAGGUUCGUGUCGCUGCUGGACGCCGACUCGAAGGACCAGGUGAAGCGGUUCUAUGUGAUACCGCAGAACAGCCUGGAGAAGAAAAUCGUGCUCAUUAAGAACGAGCCGGCGGACGCUGUGCAAAUAGAUCACAAAGCGCAUCAGCUAGCGACGCCGCUCAAUGAACCGGAGCCCGAGCCACGUAGUCUAGACAAUGGCGAACAUGUAAAUAAUGUGAAUAAUAGUGCAGUAAUCGUCCAUCCCAGUCAGCUGUUACCUGUGCUACCUCCCCCCACAUCCCACACUGCUAUCAUCGUGUCAACGAGCGGUGUAUCCAGUGGCGUGUUUCCGUGGCAAUCGCUGGUGCCACUGCUGCGUGCCGCCUCCCCUCCGCCCGCUGCGCCUGCGCAUCCGCCCUCACCGCGCACACCCCGUACCCCACACACCCCGCACACUCCUCACACGCCUCAUACACCGCACACACCACAUAUCAAGACUGAGGAUCAGAUUAAGACUGAGAGUAAUGACACGGUAACAUCCAUGUGUACGGACGAAGACGACGAAGUGUUUGAGUGUGAAGAGACCGUACCUAAUGGAGGUGAUAACACGAACAGCCGACGCUCACAAAGUCUCUCUUCUCUCAACCAAGCUGGAGGACCCGAGAAGAAGGAGCGCCGUAUCCGUCGUCCCAUGAACGCAUUCAUGAUUUUCUCGAAGCGUCAUCGCCAGAUGGUGCACCAGUUGCAUCCGAAUCAGGACAAUCGGACAGUCAGUAAGAUACUUGGCGAGUGGUGGUAUUCGCUGAAACCGGACGAGAAGCAGAAGUACAAUGAGCUUGCCAGUGAGGUAAAAGAGGCUCACUUCAAGGCACAUCCUGAAUGGAAAUGGUGUAAUAAGGAUAGACGUAAAUCAUCCAGCAGUCGAGAUCCUACGGGCUCCAUGCCACAGAGUCCCCGAACACCGUCCGACGUCCUCAACAGCGGUGUACCGGCGAGCGGUGCAGAGAUGACGAUUAACUCAAAUUCAUACAACCAUAAUAUCCCUUCGCCUCAACUUAGCGAUGAUGAACCUAUGAUAACACAGAACGUAGAAGAGCCCCUCCCUCCACAACAGAGCUCGAAUGAUAUAGAUCUCAAGUGUGGAGAAAAAGUCAACGAUUCAGACUCUGAAGGCAUCGAAGCGAGGGAGUAUUUGACGCACCAUGACCAUACCAGACGCCCUAAGGCUAUUAAGGCUAGGGCUGGCUCUUCUGAUAACCUGCUCGGGAUCACGGCUUCAAGUCCCGGCGGGUCAAAGGUGUUUCAGCCCACCGGAGGUGCAUUUAAAUCUACACAUGCUGAUAACGGUGAUAACCACAGGCAAUGGACGGCAUUCACCGCAGUGAAAUCUAACGCGAACCAAGUGCCAAAUUCGCCACACCCCACAACAUCGACAAGCACGCAGAACAUCACCAAUAGCGUGCAAGGAAUUUCGCUUAACACGCCGAAUCUAUCGACGCAAGCGGCACUCGAUAAUGCGAUCGCAUCUAUCAUUAACAGUCCGUCAGCAAAUAGUGGUGUGCAAGUGAUAUCGACUGGAAUGUCGAUACCGCAAUCUAUGCCCCAGUCCGUACCUCAAUCGAUGUCUUCUACUACGAGUGCUCUGAAUAAUGCUUUGUUAAAGAGCGUUACGUUAGUCAAUAGAAACUUCAAUGACAAUAAACCUUCUGGUCCCAUCACACUAUCUGUUGAUGCAUCUGGCAAUUUAUUCAUAAAAACGAGCCAACCGAACGAACCGCCCAACGACUCCAAUCGUUUGCAUUACGUACACUUGCAGCGGCUUUACGUCCCAUCAUUUACUACAGAAGUGGAAACAAAUCAGAACCAGAGCCAAAGUCAAACUGUGCACAGCGCUCCGCCUUCGGUGAUAGUUUCACAGAGCAACACAAAUAUGAAUAACAACAGUGCUAAUAAUAUAGCACAACAGACAAAACCCAAUGAUUGGGAAACGGUAGAAGAAACACGACCUUUCCCUCUCGCACCAACUCCGGCGCAGCUGGGGAGGGCACCGCUGCAGAAGAGGCUUAGUCGAGGUACAUCUACCGGUUCCACGGGCAGCGGAGAUCAGAGUGUACCCAGAUCGGGCCCAGAUAACAACCCGACGAACCCAUACGAUACACCCGAAUCCAUACAGUCUCCCAAGAAACUGGAGAACCUUCCCAGCCCCUCACUUAAGAAGACUUUGUUCAAGAAGGGCAAUGAGGACGGAAGGGAUAAGGUUCUAGAGACCGUGAACUUUGAAGCGAAGUUCAGCACUUUGCCCCAAUUCAAGCCGGACGCGUGUAGCCCAAGCGGUAUGGUCGUGCCGCGUAGCCCACAACUCUAUCUUAGGAAGAAACAUAAGAUGGAGGACGAGACAACAGUUGUAACGCCACAUAUAGAAGCGGAAGUAAUGAAUGGAAACGGAAUUCCAACACCCCACUCGUAUGGUACACCACACACCACCACGAAGCUCGUGGGGAACACUUUCUUCGGACCUGACUUUAAUAUUGAUACUUUUAGAGUGUCUGAGAGUAUGGAGGAGAUGUCUCCGCGGACGCCGUGUUCUGCGCCAGGUUCUGGAGCAUGCGGGGGUGCGGGAGCGAGGGGGGAAGCAGGACACCGACGAGUCCUUGAACAACGACGUCAUCUUGUGCUCAAGCUCUUUCAAGAGCACGGGAUGUUUCCAACUACGCAGGCUACCACUAGCUUUCAAGCGGCCCAUACAGAUAUAUUCCCGACAAAAAUGUCGCUGCAGCUAAAGAUACGCGAAGUCAGGCAGAAGCUGAUGGCGCAGUCCAAUUUGACACCACACUCUGAAGUGAACACACCGACCAAUAUAAAUUCCCCGUUAGUAUCCAGCACGUUGCAGCCGACAUCAACGGCCAGUUAG